UCCCCUACACCCCUCCUGCCUGCCUACCCGCCUACCCACCUGCCUUCACCUUGGGACUGCGAGGGUGGAGUGAGUGUGUUCAGCUAUAUAAAGAGACACGUGGGGCGCCGCUCACCACUCUCUUAGGAAACAUGGCCAUCAGGGUCUUCUCCCUCCUCCUGGUCCUCGCCGCGGGGUGCCUGGCGCGGCCCCAUAUCCCUUCCCCAGGCAGCGCACCCGGGGGAUUCGUCAGCUCCUACAGACCCCAGCGGCCCCAGCAACUCGGCCCCUUCCGCCCCGGGCCCGGCAGCGCCCCUGGAGGCAUCGUCAGCUCCUUCAGACCACAAAUCCCCAGCGAUCCGUUCCCUGGAAGCGCCCCUGGAGGCAUUGUCAGCUCCUUCAGACCCCCGAGACCCCCCAGUGAUCCGCUCCCUGGAAGCGCCCCUGGAGGCAUCGUCAGCUCCUUCAGACCCCCGAGACCCCCUAGGCCAUUCAGACCCACCGGACCUACUGGCUCGGGGCUCAGGCCGGGCGUGACCCCAGACUACCGCCCAACCGGCCCCAUAAUUCCCAUCCUGGUGGACGAGCGGGACGGCCCCCACGCGGACGGCUCCUACAGCUUCAACUUCGAGACUGGCAACGGCAUCUCGCGGUAUGAACAGGGCUACCCGCAGGGACCCGAGGGCGCCGUGGUGUCCCAGGGCGGCUGGUCCUUCACCUUCCCCGACGGCACACCUGCUGUCUUCUCCUUCGUGGCGGACGAGAACGGGUACCGCGUCGAGUCCCCGCUGCUGCCCACGCCGCCGCCGCUCCCCGCCCACGCCAUCGCCCAGAUCGAGUUCGCCCGGCAGCAGAAGGCGCAGCAGGGACAGUCCUAUCGCCCCUAAAGACCUCCUACUGAUCCUCCUCCUCCUCCUCCAGCCAAUUCUUCUUCUUCUUCUUCCUGCGCCUUCAAGAAUAUAUUAUCCUCCUUCUUCAGUGUUUUCCUUCUUGUCGUUCCUUAAUUUUCCUCUUUUGAUUCUUCCUUCGUCUUCUUUUUCUUCCCUCACUUCUCUCUUUCUCUCCUCUUUUCUCUCCUCCUCUUUUCCUCUUUCCUUCUUUCCUCCUGGUUAUCCCCAUUCGUUUUUCUUCCUUCUUUCCCCUUUCUUUUCUUCUCUCUAUCCUCCUUUCCCCUUUCUUUCAUCCUAUCUGUAUCUAUUCCUCUUUCUUUCCUGCAUAUUUCAUCCUUUCCUCUUUUUCUUCCUCUCCUCCUUUCUCUCUUCCCUUCUUUUUUCAUCCUUUCCUCUUUUUCUUCCGUUCCUUCUUCCAUUCUUCCUCCUUUUUUCUUCCGUUCCUUCUUCCUUUCCUCCUUCCUUCUUUCUUUCAUUCUUCUUCCCCUUCCCCCCCCCGCCCCCCCCCAUCCGACAAUCGUUACCACAUCGUCACAGCUCCACCACAACACCGUCACGAUUCCGUCACGACUAAAAAAAUACUUACACGUGUACGUCAAACUAUCGUGUACGUGUGUGUGGGUGUGUGCAUUUGUGUACGUACCGCUUAUUAUUAUUACUUUUUUUUUGUCUUAGGGAAUGUGCGUGUAGAUAGCUAAAGGUUUACAUGUGUGCGUUUCCCUUCCUCUGUCAUGUGCGUAUCGGUUAUUCUGUGUACGCGUAUCAUGUGCGUGUGUAUAUCCAUGUACGCAAGGAUAAUAUAUAAGUGCGUUAGGAUGUGUGUUUGUGUGUGUGUGUGUGUGUGUGUGUGUGUG